UGUAUAUAUAUUUAGAAUUUUUAUCACAAAAUCGUCUGAAUCUCAAACUCAUUAAACUUGAAUUUUUGGUCAAAUUAUUUUCCAAAACCCUCUUCUCCGGCGCACGGUAAACAAAAUCCAUGGAUCUUGAAAACGGAACAGUUCGAUACGAAGAUGAAUAUGUAACGAAUUCUCGAGGAUUAAAGCUAUUUACAUGCAGAUGGUUACCAGUAAACGAAGAACCCAAAGCUUUAAUCUUUAUCUGCCAUGGUUAUGCCAUGGAAUGCAGUAUCACCAUGAACAGUACUGCAAUUCGAUUGGUGAAAGCAGGGUAUGCAGUUUAUGGCAUAGAUUAUGAAGGCCAUGGCAAGUCUUCCGGGUUGCAGGGCUAUAUCUCAAGUUUCAGUCAUGUUGUUGAUGAUUGUUCCGAUUAUUUCAAUGAUAUUUGUGAGAAAAAGGAGAAUAAAAAGAAGAUGAGGAUUUUGUUAGGGGAAUCAAUGGGAGGAGCAGUGUUGUUGCUUGUUCAUAGGAAGAAGCCUGAAUAUUGGGAUGGAGCCGUCUUGGUUGCCCCUAUGUGCAAGAUUGCAGAUGAAAUGAAGCCACAUCCAUUGGUGAUAAGUGUAUUGCAAAAGGUCAACAAGUUUAUUCCAACGUGGAGAAUCGUUCCAGGUCAAGACAUCAUUGAUGCUGCUUUCAGACAGCCUGAAAUAAGAGCUCAGGUUAGAGCAAAUCCAUAUUGCUACAAAGGACGGCUUCGUUUGAACACAGCCAAUGAACUUCUAAACACCAGCCUGGAAGUUGAACAAAGACUCCACGAGGUAUCAUUACCAUUUCUAGUUCUACAUGGAGGGGAAGAUAAAGUAACAGACAAAGCAGUGAGCCAACAAUUGUACAAUGAUGCAGCAAGCUCGGACAAGAGUUUCAAGUUGUAUCCUGGGAUGUGGCAUGGCCUUUUGUACGGCGAAUUACCGGAAAACAUCGAGAUUGUGUUUGCAGAUAUUAUCGGUUGGCUGAACCAGAGGAGUGAGUUCGGGAACUCGAGGUUGGAGAGAGAAUUGAAACUUCAAGAUGAUGAGAUAUUGAUCUUGAAACACAAGUGAACUUAUUAUAACUAAAUGUUAUAGUGAAAAUUUGUACCUGAAAAAGAAAAUUGUGUAUUAAAAUAUUAUAUAAUAUAUUGUGGAGUGUAUCUUGUA